AGCUCUGCUUGUCAUACGAUGGUCACCUAUAAGAAGUGUAGGGAAGCUGGGACUACACACACACAUCACACUGACUGAGCUGUGUGCUGCAGGAGAAGGGAGACUGCCAAUGAAAGGUGCUGCACUCUCACACACAGAUCUAUCUGGUCAUUAUAAAACUUCAGGAUGUUUCUUCCUCUCUGAUAGCCUAAAGCACAAAAAGGAAUGUACCUAUUCUGCAGCCAAAUAGGACAAACAUAACACAGCAACAUGGCAAGUCAAAGGAAGAAAAAGAUCUGAGAUCUGCAGAAUGUUUGGAUUGUCUACAUGCAAGAAAUUAUUCUGCUAAAUUCAUUGCAGGAGUUGGAUGAACUGGGAUUCAGGAGGUCUGGAGUCUGCCUCAUCUGUGAGUAGAACCUGUAAUGGUAUAUGUUAGAACUGCACAAGGUCUUUUACAUUGACUGAUCACCACAGCACACAUUACCGAUGGAUCUGCUGGGCAGAACGAUGGCAUAAAGUUAGCGUUUAACUUCACCAGACUUUAUCAUGUGACCAAGAUGGAGUUUACAACUUUAACGUCUAAUGGCAUCUAUAAUGAUUCCGGGAACAGCAGCCAGCAAGAGUUGAAGACCUGGCCUUAUGCAGCAUGGGAGUGCACACUCAUUAUUAUUGCCGUAGGGUCCAUAAUCGUCUCCACUGUUGUUGGCAACAUCCUGGUGGUUUUGGCCGUAUUCUCCAGCCAGGCUUUGCGGGCUCCGCAGAACUUGUUCCUGGUGUCCUUGGCUUCAGCAGACAUUCUCGUGGGAGCUUUAAUUAUUCCAUUUACGUUAGCCAGGGAGGUCAUGGGCUACUGGCACUUUGGAAAUAUAUGGUGCAGCACGUACCUGGCUUUAGACAUCCUACUCUGCACCUCUUCGAUAGUUCACUUGUGUGCCAUCAGUAUCGAUCGGUACUGGUCUGUUACCAAAGCAGUCAGUUACAACCUGCGGCGGACACCUAAGCGGAUCAAGACCAUGAUUGCAAUCAUCUGGGUGGUGUCUGCAACCAUUUCAUUUCCACCGCUUCUUAAAAUGGACUCUCAUAAAAAGAACAAGUGUGACCUGAACGAUGACACCUGGUAUGUUUUGUUUUCAUCUACUGUAUCCUUCUUUCUUCCAUGCAUCAUUAUGAUAUUUCUGUACUGCCGUAUUUACCGAGUGGCAAAACAUCGCGCAUCAACAGUGUCCAAUCUCAGGAAUGGGCUUCAUAACUGCGCCAAUGUCCCACCAGGUGCAUGCUGCCACCAGGACUGCUUAGAGCAUCAUAACCCAGAAGUCAACCAUGACAACGAUGAAAUGGACUUAGAGGACAGCACUUCAUCUAUUCACAAAUUACCGGAGUCAGCUCACCACAACAUAGGCGAUGGGAUCAAUAAUACCAAAACUAAAAGGCUUUCGUGGACUGUAAACCGGGGACAGCAACGAAGAGACCGGUCAGUCUCCAUCUCUCAGGCACGCUUGACGCAGCUGAGAGAGAAGAGGUUGACAUUUGUAUUAGCGGUGGUGAUUGGUGGAUUUGUAAUCUGCUGGUUCCCAUUCUUUUUCACCUACAGCCUGGAGUCUGUAUGUCGGGGCAAAUGUGGCAUUUCUGACGCACUUUUUAACUUUUUCUUCUGGAUUGGAUAUUGCAACAGCAGCCUAAAUCCUGUCAUAUAUACUGUCUUUAACCGGGAUUUCCGGAAAGCAUUCCGUAAACUGCUCAUGCGUCGUUCAAAAAGGAGCAUGUGAGAAAAAAAGUGAUGUACACAGUGGAGAAUAGGAACUGUUAGCAGAUUUAAGAACUUAACUUUUGCAAGUUCCAACAAAUGUUUUUGUAUCUUGUCUAGGCAACCUUUAUGUAUUAGACAUUAGUCUUCUAAACCUUUUAUCAUACAUUACCUGAAUAAGGCUUUUCUAUGCUUAUGGAACUCAUCGGGCUUCAGGAGAGGACUUUGUAGUAUUUUUUGACACAUAGUGUCACUGUCCUCUUCACAAAUGAAUGUCUACAUUUCACAAAAAAUAUCCUCCAGCUGAGCAUGUGUGGUCUAUCUAUACAAUAUAGGAAGGUUUGUCCGGAGGU